AUGCCAGCUCUUGGUUCCCUUUACGUUCAUGAACGUCCCGUUGGACACAGCGAGUUCAAAAUCGGUCAAAGCUAUUACCAGGACUUGAUCGAGCAAAUACAUCUUGAAGCCUCAGCGCAAACCACAAUUUUGAUGAUCUUUGUUGGUCCCUGCAAAGUCAAGUGCGGAAGUUCGAAGCGCCUUAAGAAGGCUACGGCGAAACGAUGCAUCACUUCAAAACUUCGCGUUGGGCCUGAAGCAGACAAUAAUUUACGCAAUGGGACCGUGCUCUGGUGGAAAGAAAAUGACUUGGAAGUUGUCGAGCUCAUGAGCCACGAUCCUCUAGUCCGAAAAUUUCGAUCCAGUGGAAAGAAACUCCCAGACGAGCUUUACGUGUUUGUGCAACUUGAUUACUGGAUUCCAGGCGUUCCUUCUGAGUUUGUUUUCCGCGGACGGUUCCACUCGACGACCAUGGCCGACAUCCAAGCUCAUCCGCUCGUCGCUGCAAUGUAUCAGCCGUUCAUGUCUAUAUUCUCAUACCAGGAGUUCAAGGAUGUCCUGCAAACUCUUCAUGCCGCUCUGUCUGUGGCGGCGCCCGUGUCAGGUCAAGAAUCUACUUCCGCUCAGGCAUCCGGCCACGCCGUCAACGAUGUUCCCUGCAAUGCAGCGACCAAGGGAAAGCUCGCCGACGCGAUUGUUGAAGUUGACAUUGAAACUGACGACGACACAGUCGUAGAGGAUAUAAAUUGGGACCACUAUAUAGAUAUAUCAGACUACGAAGAUUCUGAAGAUGCGUCGACGUGUCGUUCUCCGAAUGGCACGGUUGAGCAAACCGACAAUGAAGACUCUGUCGUCACGGACUUCAACAGCUGCUCGUAG